CUCCGCCCGUGCAGCUCCACCCACCUCCUGAUAAAAGCCAAACCCUCACCAGAGCUGCGGUUCAGCGUCCGUCCCAAACUGCUCAAAGCUUUCUGAUACUUCCAGCCGGCAGCAACGCACCCGAAGCAGGACUGCAGCUGACACCCGGCUGGAGACCCGUGCAUGUCCGCCGUCCCACCCGUUCCCCGGAAGAGACCUGGAAAAGCGACCUGAAGCCAGGGGAAAGAGAGGAGGGAGCGUCCAGAGGAGGCGCAGGCCAGAGAACCACCAACUUCAGUUUGAGGGGAGAAGGAAUCUGAAAAAAAAUGGCAGCUGCGCCCCUCCCCCUUCUCUGCCUCCCCCUCGUAGUGGUCCAGCUGUGGUCAGUACACCUGGCCCACGGCGGGGCGUACUAUGGACAUAAACUGCCUCCUCAACAGCACCAGCCCUUACCACAGUACAGCGAUGGGUAUCCUCAGCAGCCGUUUUUGGGGAACGAAAUGCCACACCUUCCUUACGGCAAAGAGGCGCCCUUAAUGCCUCAGUACGGAAAAGAGCUCCCGCCACUGCCUUUGCAAAAGGGCAAAGGGAGGCCACUGAUCGAAGGCAAAGGACAAACAUUCAACAGGGGGGCAAAGGGUCCACCUCAUCCUAUUCCAGGUGGAGGCGGCCUCAGAGAGGGACCACAAGGAGUGCAGGGCCCGCCCGGAACAACAGGACCGCCAGGACCACAAGGCCCUCCAGGGCUACCUGGCCAGGGAAUACCAGGGAUACCAGGAAAACCAGGGCCUCCAGGUCCUCAAGGCUACCCAGGGAUUGGAAAACCUGGCAUGCCAGGACUUCCAGGCAAACCCGGUGGCCCCGGAUUACCUGGACCAAAAGGAGAACUUGGUCCUUAUGGUGGCGAAGGACAAACUGGACUUCCUGGGCCUCCAGGUCUCCCAGGUCCACCUGGACUUCCAGGGAUUUCAAAACCAGGAGGUCAAGGGCUUCCCGGCCAGCUGGGUCCUCUAGGGGAGCCUGGCACAAAAGGUCCACCUGGGUUUCCUGGUCCUCCAGGCCCCAAGGGAGAAAAAGGACAUGAUCAACCUGGUUUGCCAGGUUUGAAAGGACUUUCCGGACCACCAGGUCCACCUGGAAAUGUAGGCAUCCAUGGGAUUGGCAAACCUGGCUUUAAUGGUCAACCUGGACAACCAGGGAUACCAGGUCGACCUGGUGCUCCUGGGGUGUCAGGGAAUGCAGGGCCUCCUGGUGACAGGGGUCACCCGGGACCACCAGGCGUGCCAGGGAUUGGAAAACCAGGAAAAGAUGGUUUACCUGGACAAUCAGGGCUCCCUGGAGGGAAAGGAGAGUCGGGCCCUCCUGGUUUACCAGGUGGUCCAGGCAUGCCAGGUCAUGGUAAACCGGGGUAUCCAGGACCUAAGGGCCACAAGGGACAUGAUGGUCUUCAUGGCCCUCCAGGGCAAAAAGGUGAUAAAGGCCACGCAGGUCUUCCAGGGGGCAUUGGCUCCACUGGUCCAAGUGGUAUGCCUGGCCCACCAGGACCAAUAGGGACUCCCGGUAGUCUCGGAUUCCCAGGGCAAAAGGGAGAAGAUGGUGUUGGGGGACAAAAAGGAUAUCCAGGAAUGAAGGGUGAAUUAGGGCCCCCCGGUCUUCCAGGACAGCCUGGUAUGUCCGCGGUGGGUGGACAACCAGGACCACGGGGUUUACAGGGGCCUAAUGGCCCAAAAGGAGAACCCGGUAAUAGGGGUUCACCUGGUGUCCCUGGGGGCGCGGGAUUAACAGGAUCAAAAGGAGAAGGGGGGAAACCAGGAGAGAGAGGCUACCAGGGACCACAAGGUAUCCCUGGGCUUACAGGACCAGGGGGACCACUUGGACCUCCUGGGCGGCCAGGACCGAAAGGUGAAACAGGCCUACCUGGGAAGCCUGGCUAUCCUGGUGAGGGAAAGCCAGGAUCCCCUGGUUUUAUUGGUCCUCAAGGUAACCCUGGGCCAAGUGGCCCUAGUGGACUUCCAGGACACCCUGGGCCCCCCGGACCUCCUGGUCCUGCAGGACUACCCGCUGCAUCUCCCGACCUCGGACAGAUCCUACCAGUGACCGGGCAAAAACAAGGUUACAAGAAGCCAAAGAAUGGAGGUGACAUUGGUGCCAACGGCGCUGAGAUGCCUGCGUUCACAGCUAAGCUCACGAAUCCCUUCCCUCUGGUUGGCUCUCCUGUCGUCUUUGACAAACUUCUGUACAAUGGCAACCAGGACUACAAUCCCCAAAAUGGUGUCUUCACCUGCAGUGUACCAGGGGUCUACUACUUUGCUUACCACGUCCACUGCAAAGGGAGUAAUGUGUGGGUGGCCCUGAUGAGGAAUAAUGAGCCAGUUAUGUACACGUAUGACGAGUACAAAAAGGGGUUGCUGGAUCAGGCAUCGGGCAGCGCCGUACUCCCAUUACGACAGGGAGACACUGUGCAUGUAGAGCUGCCAUCUGACCAGGCUGCAGGACUUUAUGCUGGACAAUAUGUCCACUCCACAUUUUCUGGACACUUACUGUACCCAAUGUAACAAAUAUGUGCAGACGAAAGAGCUGAUUAUGACGUUGAUGAUAUAUUUUGCCAUACAUACAGGAGUUAAAAUCGUGGUUCAAGUGGUUUACAAAGAGUGGGGUCAGAAUAAUCUUUUUUUCAUUUAGUAGCAACAUAUUUCAUUGAAUUAUUCAUCACAUCUGACAUCAGUCUUGUAAUUCUACAUUGUGCAUUUAUUCUUAUAUCCAUCCACACACAAUAUAUAGGUGACAAUGUCACGGCUGGAAUUAGAGAUAGUAGAUUGAAGAAUUGUUCUCAAAAUUUACAAUUUUUUGCUUUACAGUUAUAUUCUGUUUACUGGGCACAUAAUAAUGUAUUGGUUCUAUUUUACAAUUGAUGUAUUAACAGCUCUGAGUACACAAUGCUGGAUUGUGUAUUUAGGAUCAUCUUACAGUUCUUAAGUUAUUGUAACUCCUUUUUUAUUUGGAAAAUUAGACUUUUUAAUACAAUGAAAUCAAAAGAUUACAUCAUGUAACUGUAAAAACGUAUUUGGGAGUUUUUAAAUCCAAUUUCAUACAACCUUAAUUCCACCACAGAAUAUUUGUCCACAAUUUGGUAGUGAUCUAUAAUUAAAUUGUUGUGCUUUUUAAAAAAAAUGUAAUCGACAUGGAUUCUUUAAAAAGGGUUAUGUCAGUUUGUCAGUAUUCUCUGUAAUUUAUUUGUUUGACUACUGAUUAUUUGGGAUUGUGUUUAUUUCUUUUUUAAUUUCAAAAUGCAUGUCCUGAUAAAAAAUGUACUAGAGAUAUUGAAAAAUUGACUCAUACACAUUCAUACUGCCGUGCGUAUUUUUAUGUUUUUUUAUUCUCUAUUUUUGUAAUGUUUUUUUAUUUACUUGGGACAAUAGUGCACAACAUCAAAUGGGAAACUGUGCCUAAAUUAUGUGAAUUGUGUUGUUAUUGGUUUAUUAAAACAAUUUAA